AUGAUCAGAACAGUCAAGCCAAAGAAUGCUAGGUCCAAAAGAGCCCUUGAGAAGAGGGAAUCUAAAUUGGUAGAAAACGUGAAACAGGCCUUAUUCAUCCCUGGACAAACCUCAAACAAGGCCUUACACGACAUCAUGGUCGAUCUAAGUGCGUUGAAGAAACCAGACAUGAAAAGAUUCAACAGAAAGAAUGAUAUUAAACCCUUUGAGGAUUUCUCAAAUUUGGAAUUUUUUAGCGAAAAAAACGACACCUCUUUGCUUGUGCUCUCUACCCACUCAAAAAAACGUCGUUACAACUUGACCUUCGUUAGAACUUUCGGGUACAAGGUGUACGAUAUGAUCGAAUUACAAGUCGUCGAGAAUUGGAAGUUAUUACAAGAUUUCAGGAAGCAGACUUUCAAUCUUGGUCUGAAGCCAAUGUUUUGUUUCCAAGGCUCUGCAUUCGAGACACACCCUGUCUAUAAGCAUAUCAAGUCCUUGUUCCUGGAUUUCUUUAGGGGUGAAGUCACAGAUUUACAAGACGUCGCCGGUUUGCAGCAUGUCAUCUCGUUGACCAUCCAAGGCGAUUUCCACGAUGGUGAGCCAUUGCCAAACGUUUUAUUCAGAGUCUAUAAGCUGAAAACUUACCGUAGUGAGCAAGGUGGGAAAAGAUUACCGCGUGUAGAAUUACAAGAGACCGGGCCAAGAUUGGAUUUCAAGAUCGGUCGUGUACAUACCCCAAGUGCAGAGAUGGUUAAAGAAGCCAUGAAAAGACCAAAACAAUUGGAAGCUAAGAGUAAAAAGAAUGUGGAAAGAGAUGAUAUGGGUGAUCACUACGGUCGUAUCCAUCUUGGUAAACAAGAUUUAAGUAAAUUGCAAACAAGAAAAAUGAAAGGUCUAAAGAGUAAAUAUGAUCAAAUGGAGGAAGAUGAAGAGGACGAAGAACAAGACUAUUUGGAUGAUAGUGAAUCUGAAUUAAACACUGAUGAUCAUGAACAGAUGGAAAACAACCACUUUGAGAGUUCAGAUGAAGAAAGUUACACAACUGCUACUGAUAUUGAAGUUGGUGAACCAACCAGAAAGAAAGCUAAAAUUUAA